AUGUCCAACUCGUCGUUAAAACCAUCGACCAUUGCGGCCAUUAGCGCCGGCACCAUCGUCACAGGCCUUCUCGCAUACGCCGCCUACUUCGACUACAAGCGACGAAAUGACCCCGGCUUCCGCAAGCAGCUCAAGAAGGAGUCGAAGCGAACAGAGCGGGCGGCCAAGGAGGAGGCCGAGGCACAGGGCGCCGAGCAGAAGAAGGCGAUCCGAGAGGCGGUAGAGCGGGCAAACGAGGAGGGCUUCCCCAAGGACCCCGAGGAGGUGGAGGCGUACUUUAUGCAAGAGGUUGCGCAGGGAGAAGGAAUGGUGCAGAAGGGUGCGGACAACGUCGAGGCGGCGCUAUGCUUCUACCGCGCAUUGAAGGUCUACCCCAACCCGCGGGAAUUGAUCAACAUCUACGACAAGACCGUUCCCAAGCCCGUCCUCGACAUUCUCGCCGAGAUGAUCGCAGUUGACACGUCAAUCCCCGUCGGCGGCAGCAAGACGCCGUCUGAGGCUGGCUCGGCAGGCGACCUCGAGUAA